AUGUGUUGCAAUGGAGGAAAAGUCUCUUUGCCCCAAGUAAAUGCUCCUCAGGAAUUACUAGACAUCUUCUUAGACCCUUCUGCAGAAGGGAACCAUUUUAGGAAACACAUUCGUGGUUACAAUCAUGUUUUUUCAUUCACUUCGUGUGGUGUACACAUAGACGAACAAUUAGCUUCAGCAAGACAUGGUAUAUAUACAUUCCGUGCUCAAGGAUCAAUGUACCACAGUAUAGGAGGAUUUCAUCCGGGUCAGGGGGCGCGGCCACGCUUCUUGCAACUAUAUAUAUACGAUACUGAUCACGAGUUACAAAAUAGGAUGCUGGAGAACACACAACUGCAUGAAAGUUUGGUUUUGAAGCUACAACAAUUGUUGCACCAAUAUAAUUCUUUUAUCCAUGUAUUCCGCCAGCUUGCACAACGACUAGAUGUGCAAGAGUGUAGUUUGGUGAUCAGAGAGCGACCUGCUAAUCAACCACAAUACAGUCUCCCAACUGCUUCACAAGUAGCAGCCAUAAUAGUCGGUGAUGAUAUUGAAACAAUGGUGCGAGGACGGGAUAUCAAGGUUCAAACCCAUGCUGGUAACCUCAGAAGGAUUCAAGAGUUUGUUGGGUAUUACGAUCCACUACAAUAUCCUCUUUUUUUUCCAUUUGGAACCCAUGGAUGGGAUAUAAAUACUCGAACUCAACGUGAAAACAAAGUAUCAUGCCGGACAUAUUAUAGCUAUAUGCUCCAGAUCCGCCCCAAUGAUCACUCAACAGUUUUGCAAGCGGGGCGACUUCUUCAACAAUAUGUUGUUGACAACUAUGUGAAAAUGAAAACAUGCAAGUUAAGAUGGGUUCGACAAAGACAAAGGGAACUUCGAGCUGAACUGUAUCAAGGCUUGCAAGAUGCUUUGCACACAGGAGAGAAUAAUGCUGAAAAUGUUGGCAGAAGAACGAUAUUACCAUCGUCGUUCGUGGGCAGUCGUCGAGACAUGACUCAACGGUACGAGGAUGGAAUGGCUAUUGUUCUUAAAGAAGGAAAACCAGAUAUUUUUCUAACUAUGACAUGCAAUCCAUCAUGGUCAGAAAUAGCUUCGGAACUCAGUCCUACUCAAACUCCACAGGAUCGUCCGGAUCUGACAACUAGGAUUUUCAGAGCCAAAUUCGAACAAUUAAAACAGGAUGUUAUUACCAAAGGUGUACUGGGAAAGGUGAAAAGUUAUAUUUAUGUCACCGAAUUUCAGAAAAGAGGAUUGCCACACGUACAUAUGUUGCUAAUCUUAGAAAACAAUGACAAAUUGAGUGAUCCUGACCAAUAUGAUAGUUUGGUCCAAGCGGAAAUACCAUGUAAAGAAACAGAACCACACUUACAUGAGGCAGUGCUAAGGCAUAUGGUCCAUGGUUCUUGCGGAACACUAAAUCAAUCUUCACCGUGCAUGAAGAACGGUCAAUGUAAACGCAACUACCCAAAAGAGUUCGUACCAGAGACACGACGAGGUGAUGACUCAUAUCCUCAAUAUAGGAGGCGAUUUGAUACUCCAAUUCCUAUCAACCAAAAUGUCACCAUUGACAAUAGAUGGGUGGUUCCGUACAACCCUUGGCUACUACUGAAGUAUGAUUGCCAUAUCAAUGUAGAGAUAUGUAACAGUAUCAAGAGGAUAAAAUAUCUAUACAAGUAUUGCUAUAAGGGACCAGACCGUGUGGCAAUGGAGGUUCACAAAAGAUCUCAUUAUGAUGAGGUGCAACAGUUUAUUGAUGCAAGAUGGAUUGCCGCUCCAGAGGCAUGCUGGAGGAUAUUUCGAUUCAACCUUUACCGAAUGUACCCAUCAGUUGAGAGGUUGCAAGUUCAUUUGCCAAAUCAACAUCAAGUGAGCUUUUAUGAGCACCAAACUAUUUCUGAAAUAGUUAAUAAUGACUAUUUCUCAAGAACAAUGCUCACUGAAUUCUUUGCACUUAAUCGGGCCGAUGACCAACAAUCUAGACAUCUUUUGUACAGGGAAAUUCCAGAAUAUUACAGUUGGCACAGCAAGGAAAAAGAAUGGCAUCGACGCAGGUCACAAAAGAGAGCUAUUGGUCGGAUCUAUACCGUUUCGCCAACAGAAGGUGAAAAAUUCUAUUUGCGUAUUCUAUUGUCAAAUGUAAGAGGCCCAACUGGUUGGGAUGAUUUGCUAACGGUCGAUGGUAUCCAAUAUUCGUCCUUUAGGAAAUCCGCUCAGCAUCGAGGACUGUUGGAGAGUGAUAGUAGUAUAAGAUCAUGUUUGGUUGAGGCAUCCAUUUUGAGAAUGCCAUGCGCUUUAAGAAGGAUGUUUGCCACCAUUCUAAUUUUUUGUGAGCCAACAGAUGUAAGAAGUUUGUGGGACGAGUUUCUUUCAUGUAUGGUGGAUGAUUACGCAUCAACAAGCACUACAACCUGCAAUGGGUUGACAAAUCGUUUGUUUAGGGAUUUAAAUGACAUCCUCCUACAACAUGGAAAACAUAUUGGACAAUACGAUUUACCAGCUCUAACCUCGGACAACGACAACGACAACUUCAUGCCUAGAAUUAUUCAAGAAGAAAUGUCCAUCGAAGUUCCUCAAGAAGACCUGUGUUCUAUAGAAAGAUUGAAUCAUGACCAGUCUGCAGCUUUCAGGUGCAUUAUGAAUACAAUUGAUCGAAGAGAAAGUGGAGUGUUCUUCGUGGAUGGACCAGGAGGAGCAGGUAAGACAUUUCUUUACAGAGCUAUAAUUGCAGACUUAAGAAGUAAAGGGCAUAUUGUCUUGGUAACUGCGUCCUCAGGAAUAGCUACAACUUUACUGCUUGGUGGUCGAACAGCUCAUUCUAGAUUUAAGAUCCCAAUCAAUGCAGAGCCAUCCUCCACGUGCAAUAUAAGUAAACAAUCUGAUCUUGCAAAACUGAUUAGGCAGUGA